CGGCUGUGUUUUUCUCUUCAUCAUGCCUGAACCGGCAAAGUCUGCUCCUGCUCCGAAGAAGGGCUCUAAGAAGGCUGUAACCAAGGCCCAGAAAAAGGAUGGCAAGAAGCGCAAGCGCAGCCGUAAGGAGAGUUACUCGGUGUACGUGUAUAAGGUGCUGAAGCAGGUCCACCCAGAUACCGGCAUCUCCUCCAAGGCCAUGGGCAUCAUGAAUUCGUUCGUCAACGACAUCUUUGAGCGCAUCGCGGGUGAGGCUUCUCGCUUAGCCCAUUACAAUAAACGCUCGACGAUUACUUCCAGGGAGAUUCAGACGGCGGUCCGCCUGCUGCUUCCUGGAGAGCUGGCCAAACACGCCGUGUCCGAGGGCACCAAGGCUGUCACCAAGUACACCAGUGCCAAGUAAACUUAAGCAAGUAGGGAGGGACUUUCUCUGGAAUUUCCUGGUCUGAACAAGAAUGCUUCUUACCAAAAAACUCAUAGUUGCCUUCAGUCCACUCCCUGUCACAUCACGGUCGAUGGCAGAGAAGACGACAGAAGAAUGCAACCACACCUGGAUGGAUUUUUCUACUAGAUAUGCAUGCCUGCCUGCCUGCCUCUUGGCACGUUAUCUCCUGGAUCUAUUGGUUGUCCCUAAUAAUCAUGUACUGCCCUUCCAAUAAUUGUCUACAUAACCCAUCUCCUCCUUUCCCUGUGGAAAAGGUUAUAGGAGCUUUUAUACCCCAUUGGAGGGGGGUUGGGGAAAUCACUCAGUGAUAUCUGCUCCUGUACUUUAAUAAAUUUGUAUGCCUUUUCUCCUUUU